GCCCCCCGCAGCUCCAGCGCCAUCUCGGUGGUGAAGAUCCUGCGGGUGCUGCGGGUCCUGAGGCCCCUCCGCGCCAUCAACCGCGCCAAGGGCCUCAAGCACGUGGUGCAGUGCGUGUUCGUGGCCAUCCGCACCAUCGGCAACAUCAUGAUCGUCACGACGCUGCUGCAGUUCAUGUUCGCCUGCAUCGGGGUCCAGCUCUUCAAGGGCAAGUUCUACAGCUGCACCGACGAGGCCAAACACACGCCGGGGGAGUGCAAGGGGACAUUCCUGGUGUACAAGGACGGGGACGUUUCCCACCCCUCGGUCCGGGAGCGCCUCUGGCUCAACAGCGACUUCAACUUCGACAACGUGCUGGCCGGGAUGAUGGCCCUGUUCACUGUGUCCACCUUCGAGGGGUGGCCUGCGCUGCUGUACAAGGCCAUCGACGCCAACGCCGAGGACCAGGGGCCCAUCUACAACUACCGGGUGGAGAUCUCCAUCUUCUUCAUCGUCUACAUCAUCGUCAUCGCCUUCUUCAUGAUGAACAUCUUCGUCGGCUUUGUCAUCAUCACCUUCCGCGCGCAGGGCGAGAGCGAGUACCGCAACUGCGAGCUCGACAAGAACCAGCGUCAGUGUGUGGAGUGGCA